AUGUCAGGGUCUCGCGACGUACAAUCCUUUCAGGAGAUCCGUGACAUUAUUUCAUCAACAAAUCCGCCAAGAGCACCCGAGGCAAGAUUCCUUCUUACACUAAUUCAAACUGUUGCGUUGGCGUUUCGAACUCCAGACUCGCCUAGGCUAACAGAGCUUGUAGAAUUCUUUCAUCACUACGAGAAUGUAGCUGGCAACUAUCCCGAGAAUGAGACAGACAUGCCAAUCCAAUUAGUCAACCAGUGGUUUUCCCUUAUCGACAAAUGCUUUUUCUUCGGCGUUCUUACAAGUACAUUGGACACACAACAGGGUCCGCGUCAGGUCGUAGAGCUCCACGUCGAGAACAACCCUUCCUGCUUUAAACGCCCAAAUUGGCAUGCGAAUGGUUGUUACGACACUGUCAAUCGUAGACUAUGGAUAUGGCUGAAAGUAGUUGACCCUCUUGACGAUAAUACCGCUAAAAUUGCUCGAUUGCCAAUCCUGAGACCGUUAUAUACAGUCAUCCAUGAGUCUAUACAUGCCUACCUCGACCUCUUCGCAGAUAAGAAUCAUCCGCUGUAUUUCGAAGAAGUAGGCAAGGAUCGUGGCCAUGGGCCAGUGUUCAAAGAAAUACUUCAUCUAGUUUCAGAGAAAGUUGAGGUACUAACAAGGUCCACAAUGUUUGCCGGAGAGCGCUAUAUGGAUCCCUCUGGCCCACCUGGCUCAGCAGCCCCUCGGCCUCCCCCUGCUAAUAAUUCUGGCACCCCUCAUCCUGCCAAUUCUGACAGCCCCCCUUCUUGUAAUUAUGAUUGUAUAUAUCAUACACACAUAGUUUAG